AUGUCUAGAAUAGCAUUAUUCGGUCAAAUUAGUGAAAUUAAUGAUCACUUAUAUUUGUCAGGUGCUGGUGUGUUAACACCAGAAAAAAUAAGGCAGAAAAAAAUUAGUUGCAUUGUAAAUGCCACAACAGAAGAACCAAGUGCCUAUCAAACGGGUGUAGAUUAUAUUAAAAUUAGAAUUGAAGAUAAUCCAUAUGCUCCGUUAAAUUCAUUUUUUGAUAUGGUAGCUGAUAAGAUAAAAGCUACGAGAGAUAGAGGUGGUAAGACAUUAGUACAUUGUGUAGCUGGGGUCUCGAGAUCAGCUAGUCUUGUUAUUGUUUACCUUAUGAAACAUGAAAGAAUGAGUCUAAGACAAGCUUAUCAAUAUGUUAAAGCAAAAAGACCAAUAAUACGGCCUAAUGUAGGAUUUUGGAAACAAAUGGUUGAAUAUGAAAAAAAACUUAGAAAAAAUUGUUCUGUUACAAUGAUAAUGACAGAACAUUGUGACAUGCCUAUUCCAGACGUUUAUAUAAAUGACUUAAGAAAACAUAUCAUAAAUAAAACAGAAGAUCAUAGUAAAAAACCAUUAACAAGUUUCAGUGAUUAUGCUAAAAGAAAAGGAUAUUCAUCAAGCGGAGGAAAUUUAAUAGGUAGUCGUCGUGGUACCUCACCAUCAUUAACAUACAAUACCAGAAAUAAUUAUCCUUCACCAUUUCAUCAUACACCAUCUUUUUCACUAUUAUCUCCUGCACCAAAUAGAAGAAAUAGACAAGAAAAUAUAUUUGGAAGCAUUUAUAAUUCAGGAAGAUCCCUUUUUUAUCCAGCUUUUUAA